UUCGCACUCUUUGGUUUCCAGAAAAUAAUUAAGAAGAAUCUCAAGCUCUCACAACGGCGAGAAAAUGGCGUACUUCUCAGCGAGUUCGAGCUAUAGCUGGAACCUUUCUCUGAAGCUUGUCCUGAUCUCUACCGGUGUGCUGACCAUGGCUUUGGCGCUGAAGGUCUCGGCUCCGGUGGUAUCGGAUUUCGUGGUAUCCGAGAUCCCUUCGAUUUGGAGCUUCCUGCUGUCCUGGCUCAGGCCUCCCUACCUCUACAUCCUCAUCAACUGCAUCAUCAUAAGCAUCUUCGCCUCAUCAAAGCUCCAGCCGAGACCCGACGAUCCGGCGCCGGAGAUGCUGGCGGCUCCGCCGACACCGACUCCGGUGAAGGAUGUACGUGAGGACUAUGUGGCUUACGGAAACGACGACAUUUUGAGUAGGUACGUUUACGACACGGCGAAGGCUUCGGUUCCUGUGGUGCGGGGGGUGGAUUCGGAGGGAGUGGAGAAGACGUCGAGCAAUGAGAUCUUGAUGAACGGUGGUCAUGAGGCUGUGCUUCCGGGGUCGGCGUGGGACGGCGGGCUUCUUAAGCAAGACUCCUUGGAGCUUCUGUUUUCGAACAAUGAGAAAGAAAAUGAGAAACCGCCGGUUUCUGCCAGAUUCGCUCAUCGGAAGCCUGUGAAAGCCAGUCCUGAAGCAGGGAAGGCCUUGGGAGUGUCGAGGCCGAAGCGGCAGGAGACGUUAGAGACCACGUGGAAGACAAUAACGGAGGGCCGUUCGAUGCCGUUAACGAGGCACCUGAAGAAGUCCGACACGUGGGAACCGCACAUGCGGCGCAACAACCAGCCAACGGACGAGAAUACCCCUCCUCCGAAAAUGAAGAAGUGCGAGACGUUCCCCGACCGAAGCAACAACUCGUCGCCGGGAUCGGUACGACUCAAGAGGGAACCGUCGCUGAGUCAGGACGAUCUGAACCGGCGAGUGGAGGCGUUCAUCAAGAAGUUCAACGAUGAAAUGAGGUUGCAGAGGCAGGAGUCCUUGAACCAGUACCGCGAGAUGAUGAUCCACCGUGGAGACCAAUAGAUUAAAAAAAAGAAAAGGAACAAGACAAUUCGGUUGGUCAGCAUUUUCUGAUUUUCUCUUUGGGGUCAAAAGAGAAAGAGAAAAGGUGAAGAAAACCCCAAUGGAUAUGGGAUUUUUGGUGGUUUGAAGUAAAAGGGGUCUGUAAAAAAAGGGUGUAAGUCUUAGAAAUUGUGAUAUAAUUUCCCAAAUUUUCUUUGGGUGGGAUUUGGAAUGGUAAGAGAGGCAAGUGAGCUUGAAUUUUGAAAGGUAGUUGGAUUUGUUGAAAGUAGUUCGGAUUUAGAAAUGAUUAGUGAUGUGAUUAGUGGAUGGAUAUUAAUAAUUUUGCUGAUAAAUUUCGUCAUCAAUAUUCAAGACAGACAAUGUUUACCUGACGAAGAUAUUGUCAUAGUCUUAAUCAUUA